UCAUUCAUUCACUUUCUCGAUGUGCGGAAAUCGGAAAUGUCAGGAAUUUCUACUUUUAAGGGAAAUUUUUUAACCUGGACAAAAAACGCUAAAGAAUUCAUAGCAUAAGCGUUAGCAUUGCUUGUCACUUCCUGACUAGCCGCUAACACUAGUGCUUUAGCGUUUUCAUUCAUGCGCAAAACAAAUCUUAUUUCCGGAACGGAGUGAGUAGCCACUGUGACACUGUGCUAACUCUAGUUUUCUUUUUUUUUUUAUACCCCUGAAAGUGUGAGGCGAAGACUAAUUAAACUUGCAGUCUGGCACUUAAUACAUUCCUGAGGGAACUCAAAAACGUAACUAUGUUCCGCAUGUAAAAAAAAAAACCAAAAAAAAAACAAACAAAGGAUUGCAUUCUGUACCGAACCGAAAGCCCGGUACCAAAAGAAUUUCAGUACCAAUAUGUGUACCGUUACACCCCUAAUAUACAUAUAAUUACAAAUGUUUGUGUGCGUUUUAAAUUCAUUCCAUACUGUUAAAAAUACACUAUUUUGUCCUCACAUGCACUGAUGUGCCUAAACACACAGAAGUAUGCCCUCCCCUGUCAGAAAAACAUGCUCUCUGACUCCCUCCAACAGAUCUCAAAAUCAUUUGACCUGAAGCCCAUCUGCUUACACAAAGCCAGGACGAGGACCUGCAUCGGGUAUCAAGGAUCUCAAAUUUAACAAAAGCACUGAAAACAUGUACAUAGACGAGCAUUAAAAACCUUUAUUGGCCCAAGAUCUUGUCACAGACUACAUCUAUAAAGAUCCCAUAUCACAUAUUUGGCACUAUGGCUGAGCGGCAGAACUACCUGGAGGACGGAAGCCCUCUUAUCAAGGCAGCCGAAUUAGGCAAGAUGCGUCUGGUUCGGCUGCUGGUGGAAGGAGGCGCGCAAGUCAACGAGCGCAACCAACGUGGUGAUACGCCUCUUCUAGCCUCAUGCCGAGCACUGAGGGCCGACCAGUCUGGAAACACUACCUCUCUAAAGCUCAUCCAUUUCCUUCUCCAGCACCAUGCUGAUCCCAACGCCCAGGACAAGUUUGGACGCACACCCCUCAUGUACGCUUGUAUGGAGCGGGCAGGUGCUGAGGUGGCUGCAGCUCUGAUUUCUGCUGGCGCUGACCCUAGCAUGGAGGACUACGCUGGAGGUUCUGCGCUGGUCUACAGCAUCAACGCCCGUGAUCAGGAGACCAUCCGUGUGCUGCUUGAUGCUUGUAGGGCUAAAGGGCGUGACAUCAUAAUCAUCUCCACAGAUCUAAGCACAGGUGAUGCCACUGUUAGCCAACGCUAUCUAAACGUGCCCCCUUCGCCCGACACCUCACCUGUCGCAUGCAUGUCACCUUCUGACAUCGAGCUCAAGACAGGCUCACCGAAUUCUGAGACUGAGGCAGAGGGGUUCUUCAAUUUCAGAGCUUCGGGAAGGAGAGGAAGCAGAGCGGCGUCGCCUCUACUUCUAGAGCCAGAGCAGUCAGAUCGCCAGCGGCUGAAUUCUGAACCCUGGCUAACCAUUCACAACUUGGCACACCUUAGUCGCACCUAUGAAGAAAGGAUUGCAAAGGGAGCUGUGCAGGAAGAAGAGGAUAAGGAGGUGAAGCACAGCAACCUUCCUCCGAAAGUGGAUCCGAGCAGCUCCUCCACAGCUGCUAAUCUCAAACCCGGGCGAACGUUUUGCAGGAACCACACCGAGAACUUGGGUGCACCAACUGAAGCGCAUCUAAACAAUCGACGGAACACUCUUCCUGCUCUUCCUGGACAGAAUUUACUUCAGCUUCCCACCUUAUCACUCAAUUUAUCCAGCUCAGACACACACCUACAUGACCAGCCAAGCACUAUAACACUACCACCAGUUCCUACCAGUAAAAACUUCCACCAUUCCACUAUCAACACCAGCACCUGCUCUCUGGCACCUCCAGCUGCUCAGUGCGGAUUUAACACCAUGAGAAAAUGGAAACCACAGGAGCAUUUAUGUUUAAAGCCCCAGGCACGCAAUACCACCAUCCUGCCUCCUCUCUCAGUCAACUGCACUGCGAACACAUUCACACAAUCCUGUGGUGAUGAGGAAAGCACUGCAAACACAGAAGAGACCCAAGACCAUAGACAGGAAGGCACAAGGGGCAAGAGAUUUCCACGUCGCCACUCCAUUCAGCUCGAGCAGAUAAAACAGGAUGGUGGGACUGACGAGAUCCUCUUCAUCUUGUGAAAUACCAGAUUUGAAAUAUAGCCAUGCAACACAAGUAAAACUGAGCAAAUCAACCAAAAAAUAUAUAUACAACUAAUUUCUAAGUACAUUAUGAUAUAAAGGAACAUCAAAUAUAUGUUGUAUAGGAGUGUUUCAAAAUAUUUAAUUCACUUUUUAUAAACUUGUAUUAGGAAAUAAAAAUGUGCAAUAGCA